AUUCUGGUUGGGUGGGUGUAUGCAAACUCGUUAAAUUGACUAUUCUGGUUGGGUGUCUGUCUGCAAACUCGUUAGAUUCAAGGAGUCCAAAAUUUCCUCCAAAAGGAAGGCCCAUGUUCUCCUUCCGUCUGGGUGGUCUCGUAUCCAGCUGAUCUUGUCUCUUCUUGCCAUCAUUUCUUUUGGGAUCUGCAAUUGGGUUUUUGAUAAAAUUCAUUCAUUCAUUUCAAUUCUGGGUCACAAUUCCAAGAAACCAACUGGGUAGUCUUGAAUUUAUUAGCUACAUUAGGUGGCAAAGGUUUUGCACUUAGAAGCUUUUGAAAGGGAUUUCCUUAUUGUUUGCUUGGGAAUGCACGAAUGGCUGGAAAAAAGAACAUCUCUCAAUACCGAGAGAGGCUGGACAAGACAUUGGCAUCUUAUGACCUUGCAAAUGAGGAAUCCCUUAAGGUCCUUGUGAAGAAUCAAGUCCUACGAUCAUCGCAAUGUGAACUUGAAGAAUAUAUCGAGAAUAUAGUCGAAAAAAGAACUAAAGAAGUAUCCAAUCUUCUUCAGAUGUUGAAGAGUGCGUCUACAGGUGAUGAUGAUGUGUCCAAAACUAAAGAGACACCUCGUCGUGGUUGGAAAUUAAAGCAAGACACUGAAGAGUAUCGUGUCAUGUAUCAAGAAGGACCAGAGGGGACCCCCUUUCAUACAUUACUCGUUGAAGGUUAUGUAGAUGGGCCUCUAGAUGUUUGUUUAUGCAUCUCAUGUGAGUCAACCCUCUACACGAAAUGGUGGCCUCAGACUACUAUUCCUACAUUCAAAAUUAUCACUUCCGAAUGUUUGCAAAAGGUCCGAAUUGGUGAACAGAUAUCAUUAGUGAGGAUGAAGGUUUCAUGGCCAUUGUCAGCAAGAGAGGCUGUUGUGCACUUCUUUGUGUUUGAAUACUUUCAAGAUGGGCUGAUUGUUGUGCUUCUCAACUCGAUAUCUGAUUUGGAGAGUGUUGAUAUAAGAACUCAUGGGUUCUCCAAAGAUGGGAUACCUGAUGCCCAAGAUGUGGUGAGGAUUGAUGUGGUGGGAGGAUUUGCUUUACAAAAAGUGACUGAAGACAGAAGCUACUUUAGGACAAUAGCAAACAUGGAUAUAAAGCUGGACUUUGUUCCUCCGUCGUUCAUUAAUUUUAUUUCGAGGCAGCUCAUAGGCAGUGGUUUCAAGCUCUAUCAGAAGGAAGUUGCUUCUGUGGCUAGAGGUGAUGAAAAUUUUAGCAAGGCCUUAAGGGACCCACUAUAUGCCCGAAUACGAGAAGCUCUUUAUUCUGAUAAAAAACAAAAGGGGGCUCUAGAACCAGAAAAUGUCAAGAAUGGUGCCUGCAUUUUCCCUGAAGAACGUGUCGAACCAAUGCUGGCUGGCAAUGGAAACAUGGAUUUGGAGGUUAUUGGUGAUGGCCAUGCAAUUGAAACUUUGCCCGAGGAUGUGGUAGUUGUAGAUCACCAAGCCCGUACUGAGAUUGAAGAGAUUGUGGAAGAAGAUAUUGAACAAAGUAGACACUUGGAAGAGGAUGGCAAGGAAAUCCGUAACCCAACAACCAGUCAAAUUGAAGAAAAGUGUUAUGUCAACAAUUACAAGAAAGUUGGUAUCAAUCCUCAGGUGAAGCAAGCACUAGAAACAUUAGAAAAAGCCAUUUCCAUCUUUCGAGAACGCGGAUUUGAUCCCCAAACAAGGUCUUUUCUUGGCGUCACACACGAAGAAUGCCUUGAUUUGGGUAAGGGUGCAGUGAGAAAUUCAAAGUCUUUGGAAGAUGGUCAAAUUUGUUCAAAUGGUGGGGUGUCGAAAAAUGAAACAGUGGAGAGGACCUCAAUUGAGCCUAGGAACAGCUCUGGCAGUCAUUGCAACAGUACGGAGCAUUUGCAAUUUCUUCUGGGUAGGGCUGCAAACAAGUUGAGCCGAGUCGACCUUUGCAAGGCAUGGGGGAUCAAAUUCUUACUCAAGGGAGACAAACCAUGAUGGGAUGGUACCUGCAUCACCAGAAGAAAAGCUUCAAAAUCCAAGCGAGACUCAACAGACUGCUUUGCAUUACUCUAAGAAUACGAUAACAGAAGGAUCAAUUGUGGACAAAACUACAUUUGAUGAGAAGCCAUCAAGCCCUGACCCAAAUGGCAUCUGUGAAAGUAGCCCAAACAAAAGGAAGCAGAAGAAAUUGAGGUCAUGGUGCUUGCAUUUCAUUCCCGGGUAGUUUGAUGUCUUUAUAGAGUGCACUUGCAUGCCAUUUGAGAUGGUAAUUUGUGGCUUCACAGUUGGAUUUGUGACAUCUUAAUAGGAAGGAAAAAAGAAGAUAUAAAAGAGAUCACUCUUUUUUGCUUUAUUUUUUUGCCUUAACCACAAUAAUACUUUUUUCAGUAAUACCACAAUAGUACUUGUAACCAAUACAUUUGAGCUUUUUGGGUCUGCUUGUGAUAGACCAGAUUUGCAGAUCAAAUGUAAAGGAAACCAGUUGGGUAUUUAGAUGUUUUCAUUAUCAAGUUCUGAAAUUGCUCUUUUGUUGUCAUGUUUCUUUCAAUGCUAUGUAUUUUAAAAUUUGCUUAUUA